CCUCCUUCCCCUCGUGCGUGGGAAACUGGAGUCCGGAUUUCCCAGGAGCCGCAGGAGUGAAGUUUGCCAUCUGGGCUGGGCUGCAGGAGGGGGGAAAAAAAGCUAGCCCUCCAGGCCUGGAACAUUGCCUACUGCCAUGUAAGAUUCCUCCUGGUUUAAGCAUCCCAAUGUCCUCUGCUUUUACUGAGAGAUGCCCAUGCAAAUGCGCACAGAGAGAUCCAUGGCCGGGAAUUGCUUUUGGAGACAUGAGCGCCUGAGGAAAAAGGUUUGGGGGUGACGACUGGGCAAGUGUGGCCUCCUCACACCUCCUGUUGCACACGGUGUGUACAGACGGAAAGUUCUCCCGGGAAUGAAAAUGGAGGGCCGGGAGUCGGAAGGCCUCAAACCAUUGGCGGGGCUGGAAGGGAAGGUCAGGGGCUCCCACCGAACUCCGUUCGGGACCACAAGGGCCUUUUUUGGCUGGGCGCCAUCGCAGCAGGUCAAGCAGGAGCCGGAUGAGGGCCUUUCCGACUGCUGGGAGACCCAGCUGGAAGAAUUCCCCGAGGCGGCACGGUCCCCUCCAUCUGGACGGGGCAACGACCUGCAUUCGCCGGAACCCACCCCCUGGGACGACGCGAAGGAGCUUCUGGCAUCUUUCAAGGGAGCUGUGGAUGGAUGCCGGUGGGCUCGCGAGGAAGCGGUGCCCAGGCCUGGAAGAAGGGGCUUCGGGGCAACGAAGGAGGAGGUCCUGGGCGGAGAUGCCCCGAGUAGGGACACCCUCCGCCAGCGCUUCCGGGAAUUCCGCUACCAGGAGGCCGAGGGGCCCCGGGAAGCCUGCGGGCACCUCUGGUACCUCUGCCACCACUGGCUGAAGCCGGAACGCUUCUCCAAGGAGCAGAUCCUGGAGCAGGUGAUCCUGGAGCAGUUCCUGACCAUCCUGCCAUCAGAGAUCCAGAGCUGGGUGACGGGGAGCAGCCCGGAAACAUGCGCCCAAGCGGUGGGCCUGGCGGAGGAUUUCCUGCAGAUGAAGCAAGAGGCUGAGAGGCAGGAGCAAAAGCAUGCGGAAAUGACGGCCGACCCAGAGAGCUCUCAGCUGGCUGCAGAGACUUUCUCCCUGUCGGAGUCUCUCCCAAGCCCCCCAGAUGUGAACCUCCCUUCCCCGGAGCCCAGGAGGAGGCGGGACGCUUGGUCCCGCAAGGAGACCAUCGCCUUCAUUGACAUAUGGAAAGCAGAGGACGUCCAGAUCGCCCUGGGCCAGCAGUACCGCAACAUGAAACUCUUUGCCUGGAUCGCCGACCGCCUCCGCGAGCGGGGCUUCGAGCGGGACGCCGAGCAGUGCCGCAGCCGGGCCAAAGACCUCAAGCGCGGCUACAAGGAGAUAAAGUGCGGGAACCUCCACUCGGGGAGGGCGCCCAAGACUGCCCCAUACUUCAAGCUGCUGGAGCAGUUCCUCUGCCUCCGCAAGGGCAUCGUCUGUGGGAAGGUGUGUGGGGCUGGUGUGGUUGAGCGGCUGGACAAGAGGCGGAAGAGGCUGCCCCUCAACCCCAUGGCUGCCACCAGGAUCGCCAGGGAAGCUGCCGGCACUGCCCCGGAGGCAGCCGAGAAUGAGCGACAGUACGUGAGCCCCUUGCCGCAGGCCUCCCCUCCCAAAGAGCUCCGGGGGGCGGCCGUUGAACCGGGCAGGCCAGCCCGAAAGCCGUCCAAGGACGAUGUGCAGAUUGUGGGGAAAGAGGAGCUGCCGCGGGGCAGAAGUGUCCCCCUGCCCUCCCCAGAGACGCCUGCUGAACCUCAGGUGUCAAACGCUGCCGAGGAGCCGAGGAGGCUGACCGCCAGCAACGUGGAGCGCAUGCGCUUCCGGCGGGAGCGCAGCUGGCGCCAGCGAUUGGAGUCCACCCGGCGGCCGCCGGACCCCUCAUCUUCCCCGGCAGCGGCAGUAGCGCCCUCCAAGACGAGCACUGACCUCGUGGACGUUCUGCGUCAGCUGCACCAGCAAGACCUGCAGGCCUUCGAAAGCACCCGGCAGGAGGAGCGGGCCGAGGACAGGCAGGAGAGGCGACAGGAAAAGCGGGAGCGGGAGGAGGACCGUGCCACCACUCACCGCAUGAUCGCUGCCAUCGAGCGCUCCCACCAGACCCUGGCCGACCUCAUGGGCAGGCAGACCUCCGCCAUGGAGGCCAUUGCGACGGCCUUUUCGACACCGAGAUACCCCUCUCCCAGCCUCUUUCCGGGGUUCAGCCCCCCAUGGUCCGCCCAGCAGGCCGCUCCCUGCUCUGGGGAGAGGCGGGCCAGCACCUCCGGGAGCAGCACGAUGCCCUUGCCUUCCCCCACCCCUGCCGAACCCGGAGUGCGCGUUCCUGCCGGGGCACAAGACUUUGCUCCGGGGCCCGACCCGGCACCAGGCCCCCUAUGUGCCUCCACCAGCCUCGAGCCUUUCCCUCCCUUAACGAACUCGAGUCCUGGAGAGGCGCUGGCCACCUCGCUGCCAGCUCCCGUCACACACCCCAGCGCCACUUCGAAGCAGAGCCAGAAGAGGAAAAACUGUGACUGAGUGACACUUUGCAAUCCCCUACGCUUUCUCGUCUGACCAGGAGGUUCCCCCCCAGUGGCGUCGCAACAGGGGUGUGAUGGGGGCGGUGCACUCCCGGUGGCACGUCUCCGGGGGUGACAAGGCGGCGCCCCACGAGCAGCCAUCCUGCCGCCACAGACGCAUGUAGAGGAUCCUCUGUUCGCGGCUGCGGCCUCGAACAGAGGAUCCUGCCCCUCCCAGCCUCCCUCCCACCCUAGCUCACUGUAAGCGGCUCCCGCUUUGCCGCUUUACAGCGAGCCAGGGAGGGAGGGAGGGAGGGGGACGGACGGGAGCCAUGGCUCCCAAGAGAAUGCAGCUUUGCAAAGCAGCGUGGGGGAGGUUACCAAAAAAAUUCUGCACCGGGUGCCACCUGGGUUUACUACACCUCUGCCCCUGCCCCCCGCCAUCCUGUUCUGUUCCUUCUCCUUUUUUAUUGCAAUCUAUGGAGUUUGUCAUUGUUACACCUUCACAUCUUCCUCGCUUUCUUCCCUCGCAAAUGAUGCUGGAUCGUGCCAAAGGGGGUCUCUGCAGCCCGGCACACUGGCCGGCCAGCUGGGAAACACCCAAGGAAGGAAGGCUCAGGGCCUGUGGAAUGGUGGAAUGGUGUUGGGACAACGGUGAGGGAGAAGAGGGAGCAGACUGGGAAGAGAAGCUGAAGGGGUGACAGGGCUUAGUGAGUCUGUGGCAGAGGAGUCCAGAAUCGGAGGCAGAAGCUGAAGCAGGAGGGUGGGAGGAGAGAAGACUCUGGCUGGUGAAGAGUCGCAGAUGUCUCCCUUCCUGCUGCAACAAGUUCCCUUCCCCCUUGUUCUCCCAGAACCAGGAGGGGCAUGAAGAGGAAGGAGGAGCAGUUAGCUUUAUACAGGCACAGUCUCCGAUUGCUCGGAAAAGUCCCUGGAGAGGAGGGGAGAUAGGCAGCCAUGGGGAGGCAGGGACCUUCAGUCUCAGCAACUGCUUCAUGGAGGUAAGACCUGCUGGAGAUCAGUUGCUCUGCUCAUUAGGCAGGACACUCCUGUGCAUAUCCUGUUUUUCCUAAUAAAGAGUUAACUCCAA